AUGUCUGACGAGGAAUAGUAAGCGCCGAUCGUUUUUUUUGUUGCAAAAACACAACUGGUACCCGUUUUCAGUUCCGAGUACGAGGACGAGGAGGUCGAAGAGGAGGAGGUCGAAGAGGUUGAGGAGGCCGAAGCCGAGGAGGAGGAGGCCGCCGAGGAGCACGAGAACGAGAGGUUCCACCGAGCUUCUGUCGACACCACGGCGACUGGCGGACCCGCGACGCCGGCCGCUUCGCACGCUCCUGUCUCUUUCGAGUACUUCUUCUUCCCUUCCCCUUCUUUCCUAUCUGAAAAUCUGAAAGUUCGAUUAGAUGGCCUAGAAAAACACGGACGAUUGGAUGGCCGAGAAAAACGAACUUAGGCCAUUUUUUUUUCCUCGCCAUUUUUGGAUUGGUCCCUGCGGUUUUCUUGGUCAUCUAGCGUUAACUCACUUUUUUCGCGUUUCUUUUCGAGACCACCGAUCUCACUAAUCACCGAAUCGGCCGACGAGCAAAGAAAAAAGUUGGAAAGGUCUGCGUCUCUGCGCCUUUUACACUGUUUCGCCUCGUCUUCACACACACACACACACACUGUUGUGUUUGCACUUUUUCAAGCACUUCAAGCAAGAGCUUCGAAUAAUCGUUUCGUUUUGCAGCGGCGAGAAUCUGAAUGAGGCGGAGAAGGCGAUGCUGGCGGCGAAGAAGCGUCAUGAGAAUGACGAGCAGGCGAAGCUCGACGACUACGAGAAGGCGCGUCGUUCGGAGAGAGAAAAGGAGGAGGAAGAGCUGCGAAAGCUGAAAGAGAAACAGGAGCAGCGAAGACUGCAGAGGGAGCAGGAGGAGCGCGCGGCCGCCGAACUCAAAAAGGCCGAGGAGGAGAAGCGGAAGCGCGAGGAAGAGGAACGACGCGCUCGUGCCGAAGAGGAGAAGCGCAAGAAGGAGGAGGAGAAGCUGAAGAAGGCACAGAUGCUCGGCGGAGGAUUCGCCGGACAGCAGGGUGGACGGUCAGUGAAUGUCUGACCAUCAAUUUUUGUGCAAGCCGAUGAAAAAACACAUAUUUUUUCAGCAACUUUGUGAUCAACAAGAAGGAAGAGUCGGCCGGCGUCGGCGACCGUUUCGGAAACAUUGUGCAGGCGAAGCAAGAGAUGGGCAUGACGAAGGAGCAGCAAGAGGAGACAAAGGCCGUCUUCAUGCAGGGCGUCCGCAAGAACAUCCCCGACUCGUCGUCCAUCCUGCCGAACGACCUCAAGAGCAAGAUCAAGGAGAUGCAUCAGCGCAUUUGCAAGUUGGAGGCGCAGAAGUACGAUUUGGAGAAGAGACACGAGAGACAAGAGUACGAUGUGAGUUGAGGAUCAGGGGAAAGACGAUUCAAAUGAACUUUUCAGCUGAAAGAGUUGAACGAGAGAUCUCGUCAAGUGGCGAGAGCCAACAACGCCAAAAACGGACAAAUUAGCAGCGAUGACACCGGAGGCAGACACCCGGUACCCAAGAAAACUUGACGGAAAGUUGUAACCGCUUUUCUUUUUCAGCCAAAGGUCCAGAUUUCGUCCAAGUACGACAGACAAAUCGACAGAAGAAACUUCAAGGAGAGACGUUCCGUUUACGAGAGCGUGAGUGCAUUAUCGAAUGUCAUCUGAAUCCCGAUUCCUUUCCAGAAGGUCGCCUACCCGUGCUUCCCGGGAGUUCCGCCUCCACCGGCCAUCUACGAGAAGGUCAUCAAGAAGAUGGACUACGAGAUUCAGGAGGAACUCGACGCCGCCGAAGAGGAGGAGGAAGACUAUUAG